CUACAUAAUGAAGUACAGCAACUAAAUAAUAGAUUUUCUCUUAUUUUUAUGAUAUGGGCCUGGACUAGAAUGGGCCGUUGAGGUGAGUCCAACCCAGAAGUUGCAGAUGAGAGCGUAAUUUACCAAAGAACCCUCAGAGGAGCGGGAAAGUAGCAGGAAAACCUCCGUGGAAGGAUUUCAGUUAGUGUGUGCGUGUAACUAUAAAAUUAAAAGCCACCUGAAGAACAAAAAGAAUCAAGAAUGUGGCGUUGUUCGUUAGGCAGACCGCAAUUCUAGCGAAACCUUUUCCAAUUAACCUCACAACUCCACGAUUUUAUUUUUAUUCCUUUCCAAUGAUAGAAAAACACUUGGAAUUUUGACAAAAGAAGCACUACCCAAGAAUCCACGCCUGGAGCUUUCCUCCUCAUGUUCCCAUUCAAUUUUCCAUUUCAAUUUCCUUUUUACCUUUUCAAUUUUCUUUCGAUUUGAUGAUUCCAUUUAUCAAAUUUGAAAUCCACAAUGAGGAGGUAUUUCUUAAAUUCCAAUCCAACCCCAGCCCUGCAAGAACCGCCGCCGCCACCACCACCACAACUCGUUCUUCAAGAUUCCUCCAUCACAGCAGCUGCUGAACCAAACGCCAGUGGACAAACGCCGUUGUCCGCUAUUGUAGAUGCCUUUGAGGACCUAGCCAAGCUUUUAAAAUCUAUUACGGAUCAAGAUAAUGAUGUCGAUCGGGGAGAGCUUCAAUUGGAUGUGUUCUGUGAUUCGUGCUCCCCGGUUUCUGUUCUCUUCAGCUGCCUCGGUCUCGCUUUCAAAUUCGCCGAGUCUGAGUAUGUCGCAAAGGUUGCCAGUCUUGUGGAUGCAUCCAAGAGACACAAAACUUUACAAAGUGUGCUUGAUUUGGAUGUUGCAAAUGGCACAGUGCGAACAGCAGGCAGUCAUUCUCGUAAUUUACGCAGAGUCAGGCAGGGUCUUGAUCUCAUCAGAGCUUUAUUUGAGCAGUUUGUGUCAACCGAUGAUGAAUCUCUGAAGGAUGCAGCUACAACAGCUUAUUCACAAGUUUGUGCGCCAUUCCACACAUGGGCAGUCAGGGCAGCCGUUUAUGCCGGAAUGUACACUCUCCCUUCAAGAGACCAACUCUUGCUGAAUCUCAGUGAAACUAAUCAGACUGCAGAGAAGAAAAUGAGAAGGUACAUCAAUGCCUCACUUCCAGUUAUAGAGUACAUCGAUAAGCUUUACAUUUCCAGGAAUAUCAGCUUGGAUUGGUGACUUCUAACUGCCUGAAAAGUCUGUCAACGCAUUGAUUUGUUAUAAUUGAAUAGCAGCUGCAUUUUCUCUGGCAGCAACUUGUAAUAGCCUGUAGUUCCAUUAGUACAUCUUUCUGCCUGUUACCACAACUUUCCUGAUCCAUCACCUGCUAAUGAUUACAUUCAUCGGAUUUCACACAA